CUGCUGACGAGCUGUGUGAUGUUGUUAUGGUUUGCUGCCUCCAAAAUCAUGUCCCCCGGUUGGAGUGAUGAUAUAAUAUCUAGAUAAAGAACCAUUGGUCUUUCCUUGGAAUCCUUGGGAUCUUGUGUUUGGCAUCAAACGGAAGCGCAUGGACUCCGGGGAUACGAGUGACUAAUACCCACAAUUCCGCUCGCAAUUGGGGAUGGAAAAAUGAUACUUCUAAUCGAACAGAAUAUAUGUACCAGUAAAGAAAAAUGGGUAUACAAAACGUAACUGGACAAUAUAAUUGGACUUUUACUGCCAAUAGUAAAUGGAUAAUAUGUGCAAAUGCUACUAACAUUGCUGGAAGAAGAGUACCUUGGCAAUCUUUAUUGCAUGUCUGGAAUAUAGAUUCUGCUACUCAAAACCUCGGACAUAUUAAAAGAUUGCCGGCUACCUGUAUACCUGUUGCUACAAUAGGACAAAAAAUUAUAUUGCAUAUUAAUAUUGUAUUUCCUGCCAAGAGAUCAUGUCAUAAUGCGAGACGUAAAAGAGCAUGGUAUGAUACCCUUUUAGGGGGAUAUGGUACAUUGGCAGGAACGUUAAAUAGUUUUGACAUAGAAACUUUAGCUAAUAGAAUGCACAAGGCAGGAGGCUUAACUAAUGAUGCUGUAGUGUGGCAAGCUAAAUGGAUGCCAACUAUUUGGGCCCCAUUACAACAACAAGUUGAAAUUGAUAAAAAUAUCAAUAAUAUGGAAUUGGAAGUUAAUAAUUUCAGUUUGAAUUUUGAUACUAACAUGAAAAAAUUUGUUAACUGGACAGUAUGUACAUUGCAGACUAUUUAUGAACAACAACAAAAAGAUAAUAUGAAAACUUUAUUAAUGACGGGUAAUGAAGUAUGGAGAACCGUGUUUAAUAGAACACAAGAAUGGAUACAAAUAUAUCCACAUCAAAUGGUCUGCAAUGACACCAUAUGUAAAGGAACUGUGAUAUUGUUUAAUAUAACACGUCCGACUAUUAUGUGUAAGUAUAUAGUAAUGCCUUUAAUUAUCUCUGGAUAUUUUUGGCAGCCUCUAUUUGUAGGAGCAUAUAUAGAUAACAAAAAUAGAACACACAAUUUAGAAAAUUGUGAAGAUACAUAUAAUGGGAAAGUUUGUAAAUUACAAUCAUCAGUAUAUGAACCAUGUUUAUUACAAAAUUCUAUUAAUCAUUGUUUGUGGACUGUCCUUCCACUAUCUUAUGAAUGGAUGUUAGAAAUCAGUCCACAAGUGAUAUGUGUAGUCACUAAUCAAUCUGUAAUACCUAAAAUGCAGACCCCUUUUGUUGAUUGCAUACACAAUGUUUUAGCAUUUACAUGGCAAAAUCAAACAUUUUUAUUAUCUCCAAAUGAGAUGAUUAAUAUUACCCAUAUUUGGACCCCUCACGUACUAGAUCCACCCAAUUGGAAUUUGUCUUUACAUCGCUUAGAGCGAAUUAUGAAUUCUUCAACGAAGUACGUGAUGUUAUUGUACGAUUGAAAUAACAGUUUGGCAGCUCACCAAUUAUAUACUACCAUAGUAGCUCAAAAAAUUGUAAAGUUAGGUUCAACCAUUGCAGAUGCUACAUCUCACCAUUGGUAUGAUGUUUUCACUGGGUAUAGCCCUUCUGCUGAACACAUGUUCUCUGUCUUGAUUCAUCCCUUGCUCAUCAUCAUGAUAUGUAUGUGUAUUUUAACUAUUUGGAAUUGUUAUGUCUUCUAUGGCAUGUGUUGUAAACCAACAACACAACAAAUUAAAAUGGUAACCUACGGUCGCAUUAAUCAUUAGGGGCCGAAUGUGAUACAAAUGUGAUGUGUGUGUCUAUGACUGACUAAUUGAUUAGCCAGAAUAGAAAGGACUGGGGUCAAUACAAUGAAGCAUAGGCAAUAGAGAUAAUGAUUAAGGCUCCUGUAGGUUACUAAAAGUCAAAAGAACAAUUCAUAUAAACAUGUUGUUGCAAGCGUGAAUCAUAGUCAUGAGACUGAUAUUUGCUGCCAAAUUCAAUAGUUCCUGUAGGUUACUAAAAGUCAGACUCGCCUGAUGUUGUUGUGCAACAUCAGGCCCAAUCAGUAAUUGCCUUGUGGGAUCAACCCCACGAAUGAAGUAUAAGGUUUGAGAUUUUCCCAUAAUAGCUAGGGACUUUGCCACUGCUGACGAGCUGUGUGAUGUUGUUGUGUUUUGCUGCCUCCAAAAUCAUGUCCCCCGGUUGGAGUGAUGAUAUAAUAUCUAGGUAACGUAUUAAUUCAUUAACCCUGUAUAUAUUAACUCUUUUCACUGAUAAGUGUAAGUAAUAAAAAGUGUUGCAUGACAAUUGAUUUCCUGUUUUAAUACAGUGAGGUGUGGGUGGGGUAGGUUAAGCUACCAAUCAUAGCAAUACAGGGGCCCACUUUACGAAAAUACAGAGCGGCCCCUCUGGCAAAUGCCCAAACAAACAGAUGGUCAGUCCAGGCCUGUCUGAAACUAUAACUAAUUGUGACCUCUGUGUAACAGGCUGGGGGCAGUAGAACAAAGGCUCACGUAAUGAUAAAUUCCCGAAAUAGUUUGGCUGGGGAAAGUCAUUUACUGGAAUCUGUGGGGAUGCAGAGGAAAAUGAAAGUGAAAGAAAUAAUCCAGUACUUGAGUGGGAACAAACACCAGACUUGGGUAUAAAGUAAAAUAUCUUUUAUAUAGCUGAGAACUGGACCUAUAGAAUCUACAGCUCAUGAUAAUCAGAUCAUUGACAGUCAGUCAGAAGUACAACUUGUGAAUUCCAAAAUAAUAUCGGUAAACUUUUAAUGGAUUUGCGGGGUGUUUGGGCAUAACUAGAAAUAGAUGGGGCUCAUCAGACAUUUGUAGAGCAGGGCACUCAAAGAGGAUCUUCCCCCGGGCAAUGGAAUAAAGUAAAUGAUGUCAGAUCAGCAGAGGCCUAUGACUAAGUGUGUGUGACACGAAACGCGUCAGGCUGAUCUCACAUAAUAAAUAUUUUACUUAUCUAAUUGCCUGGUGGAAGAUUGCCUUUGUUUGAGUGCCUUGCUCUACAAAUUUCAGGACUGAUCCCCUUGUUGAAGGCUCAGGGCAGUGCACCUGGGCCUCUUUCAUGACCUGGUGAGUUACUUUAACUUGGUUGGACUGCUACCAUUGGUUGUGAUUUAAUAAUUGACUGGAUAUGAGGAGUGAAGGCAAAGAGGUGAUACAAUAUUAAUUGGUUAAUUUUCCAAGGGAAAAACUAGGGCAGAGCUUUGUGGGACCCCAACAGGACCACCAUCAGGGGAGCACAGUUUUCCCAGGUCUGGUAGUUUUAGAGACUACACAGAAGCCACCAAAGAUGAUCUAAAGACCUGAAACCCCAAAGCUAAUGAACAAGAGCAGAAGACCCCAAAAGUUUGUACAGUUCACAGUGAAACUACACAAUGUUCCUCUAGGACCAUGGUGCUACAAAACACAACAUAGAAGUACAGGACAACAGACAAAAAGUGCAAGUGCAAAGAUAUGCAACUCAUGCAAGACAGGACAACAUGGUGCAGGGACAGGACAACAUGGUGCACACUCAGCAGAUGGCGGCCCUGACCCCCAAGAUAGAGGGAGGAGCCACUGAUCGAACCUAUUGUUUAUCCUCUCUGGUUUCCUCAAGCUCAGCUCCAUUCCAGGUCUCAUCAAACAUCUGGUGUCAUUAGUUGCCAGUUGGAAAGUGUAGAAGGAUGAGUGACACAAGCAGCCAACAAAUGAAACCGAUGUUGGGACAAUGGGAAGAUGUGAUUGGCUUAGUGACAACAGAAAUAACAGCACUGGGACGUCCAUUCUCCCUUGGAAGUCUCUAUAACUGCCACAAUGAUCAGCUGAUCCCAGGGGUCACUUUGUGGAAUAAUGAAGCUUUGAAAAAGGAUCUGGUAGUGCAACCUCAGGAAAAAACAUCAUUUGUAAUAAUAGAAUCUGACUCUCUUGUGGAAAAACCCUCAUCUAUGAAUAUCACUUCAUCUCUGAAAGCCAGUUUUCUUGCUGGUCUGAUAGAUGUUGGUGGAGCAGCAACUUACUUAAAUGAUACUAAGACCUCUAAGCAUCAAGCCAGAGUCAGCCUCAAAUACUCUAGAACCUCAAGAUUUGAAUAUGUGACCAUGAAUCAUUUAGGAAUGCAAAAUGUGACCUACCAUGAUGUCUUUGAUAAAGGGACAGCCACUCAUGUUGUUAUUGGUAUUUUAUAUGGGGCACAGGCUUUCCUUGUGUUUGAUAGUGAGGGCUCCUCAUCAGAAAACACACAGAAUAUAAGUGGAACUCUCUGUUCUAUGGUCAAAAAAAUCCCUUCAGGUGGAACAGUGAAACUGAAUGAGAAUGAAAGGGAAAUUGUGAGCAAGUUCAACUGUACGUUUCAUGGGGACUUUGCUUUGGACAAAAAGCCAGUUACUUAUGAAGAUGCCAUUAAAGUCUAUGCCAAUCUGCCAAAGCUGUUAGGAGCGAAUGAGGAGAAAGCUGUGCCCAUACAGGUCUGGCUGUAUCCUCUGAGUAAACUACAUAACAGAGCUGCUCAGGUCUCUCAACAGAUACAUGAGAACCUUAUUUUGGAGGUUGAAGAGAUCCUACAGCAGAUGGCAGAGGUUGACAUGCAGUGUAAUGAUUUGGUGAAACAUCCGGCUGCAGUAACUUUCCCUGAUAUCAAGAACGAAAUCAGCCAAUUUAGGGACCUCUGUCAGCAAUUCACAGUUACAUUUCAGAAACUGCUGGCCCAAAACUUACCUGCCAUUCGCAGUGGCAAAAUAAAAGUCACAGAAAUGGAAGACAUCAUAUUGAGAUGUCAGCAAUCACCAUUUGGAAAGGUCCACACUGAAGAGUUUUUGAGUAGAAAACAACAAGAAAUACAAUUUGUGGGUUCAUACAUGAAAUGUUUCGCAAAUAUCCCCAUUUUAACAUCAGAAGAUGAUUUAAAUCAGGUUCUUAAUGAUCCAUUGGUUGAGUGUGUGGUUUGUUUCAAUUUUACUUCAUUAAAAGAAAAAGAUCUCUAUGUUUCUGAUCUAGGUAAUUGGCUUCAAACUGAUACUAUGGUACCAACGGGGAUGGUAUAUGAGAAGAAGGAGGUCACACCAUGGUUCAAAGACAAACAUAUAGCAAGCAAGGGAGAAAAAUAUGUAAAAACAUUUCAGGAAUUAGCUCAGAACAAUAAAUGCAAUACAAAAUACAUCGUAUCGUCCACCCUGGACCAAGAGAAUCAAGGAUUUUCCAUUUACCAAUAUGUAGGUGAUAAAUUAGUGAGCAAAGCAUUUGAGCCUCCAGCUAAACCCAACCUCCCAUGUAUCAGCCGUAAGACCCAUGAUAGCAUUGAACUAACUCUUAAUCCUGCUGAUUUUGGGAAGGGAUUAAUAGAAGGAUACACCAUUGAAUACAGACAGGCUGAGCAGAACAACUGGUCUUCCCUUAGAACAAAGAACAAUGAUCUCCAGGCCACAGUCAGAGGAUUAAAUGCCUAUACAAAGUAUCAGUUCCGAUAUUCUGCAUUGUCAAUGGCUGGUGCCAGUGUGGUCAGUGAUAUUACUAAAGAGGAGACAACCCUUCCUACUAGUCCACCUGAAGAAAUUAGAGGAGAAUCUUACUCAGAGUCUCUUAUUUUACACUGGAAGGAACCUUCUGUAAGAGGAGUUGGAGUUUCAGUAACAGAAUAUAAAGUAGAAUGGAAGCAGGAUUCUGGGUCACAGGUCUGGUCCCAAUUAAGAACAGGGAAUAAAGUGGAGAAGUUCCGCAUUGAGAAUUUGAUUUUAAACACAUCCUACACAAUCCGUGUAUCAGCCAUAUGUGCUGAUCUUGGGGCAAGUGCUCCCUCCAACAACAUUACCAUUUCCACAUCUCAUAUCAAAAUGAAGUUUCUUGACAGCAAAAGUUUACUACAUCAAAAGAAACCUCCUGUGUAUCAGCUACAAUCUGAGUUCAGUAAUGAUGGAUAUCGCAAGUACAAUUUAGGGCAGAAACAUGUAGGGAAACCAAACAAAGUGGUAUUAUUAGUGGGGGCUACAGGCUCGGGGAAAACAACACUGAUCAAUGGAAUGUGCAACUACAUCCUGGGAGUGGACUGGAAAGACGACUUUAGAUUCAAACUUGUACAUGAAGUUACUAACCAGUCUGAAGCUCACAGUCAAACGUCUGAAGUCACAGCCUAUGUCAUUAACCAUAAUGAAGAAUACAGAAUUCCUUAUUCCCUCACCCUGAUAGACACCCCAGGAUUUGGUGACACUCGGGGGAUAGAGCAGGAUAAAAAGAUCACAGCAGCUAUUGACAGAUUCUUUUCAAGUGACAAUGGCAUUGACCAGAUUAAUGCCGUGUGCUUUGUAGUUCAGUCCUCUUUGGCUCGUCUCACUCACUCCCAGAAAUAUAUUUUUAAUUCUGUAUUUUCUAUUUUUGGAAAGGAUAUUAAGGACAACAUAAUGAUUCUCAUCAACUUCUCAGAUGGGGAAAGACCCCCAGUUCUAGAUGCAAUUAAAACUGCUGAGAUUCCCUGCCCUCUGGACCAGGAUGGGGACCCCGUUCACUUUAAGUUCAAUAACUCAGCCCUGUUUGCUGAUAACCAGACAAGUAAUAUCAGUUUCAAUCAAAUGUUCUGGACCAUGGGGGCAGAAAGCAUGAAGACAUUUUUCCAGUCCAUGAAUCAAAAGGAAACCAAAAGUCUUACACUGACCAAGGAGGUUCUAAAGGAACGAAAACAACUGGAGAUUUACCUUCAGGCUUUACAGCCACAAAUUAAGGGCGGACUGCUGAAAUUAGAAGAACUAAGGAAAACAGAACUGGCUUUGCAGCAGAAAAAGGAUCUUAUGGAGGCAAAUAAGGAUUUUGAAUAUGAAGUAGAGAGAAAUGUUUCUAUAAAGGAGGAAGUACAUGGUCACUUCAUUACCAACUGUGCAAAAUGCCACUUUACUUGCCAUGAUAACUGUGAUUAUGACGAUGACAAGGAUAAAAUUCUCUGUAUUGCAAUGUCAAAUGGCUACUGUACAAUGUGCCCAGGCAAAUGCAUCUGGAGUGUUCAUCACAAUCAAAAAUACAAGUUCCGUUAUGAAACAAGAAAAGAGAAAAGGACCUACGAAAAGCUAAAAGCAAAGUAUGAAAAGGCCAAUGGGGAGAAAAUGAAUGCAGAAGAAAUAUUCCAAAAUCUUGAGGAUGAUUACUGUAAUGUACAAGCUGUUGUGCUGUUACUUAUUGACAAAUCAUCUGAGAGCCUGAAGCGCCUGGAGGAAAUUGCCCUCAGACCCAAUCCACUGACAACCACUGAAUACAUUGAUCUGAUGAUACAGAGUGAGGAACAAGAAGCCAAAUUGGGGUUUCAGGAGAGGAUCCAGUCCCUGAGGUCAGUGAGAGAAGAUGCAGAGAUCAUCAGGAAGAUCAGCAGUGGGGAGUCACUACUCCCAGAACAACAGAAAAAUCAGCAGGAAUCAAAAACUUUGAGGGAAAAAGUGACAAUAAAAGUGAUAAAUUUCACUAAGGUUCUGAAGGACAAGUCACAAAAUAUAAUGGAAAUUAUUUCCUCUUUCUUCAAUUAGUAAUAUGAUGAAUACAAUUCUCUUUCAGAUCAGGGGGAAGGGGCUGUACAUAACAAAUAUACAGAGUCUCAUUAAAGAAUAUUGAUUAUUUA